AUGGCACAAAACACUGGGGCAGCCCCAUCAGUGAACACCAACUCCCGCGAGAAGUCCCCAAUUCCCAAAAUCGGCGAGGAUGAAGAGUUCGAGGUGACGUCACCCACCGACAUGAGUUUCCGACAGGCAAACACAGGUACUACAUCUGUAGGUGCCGCUUUGUUCGGAGGCAGCGCAUUCGCCGAGGGAGUGACACAAUUUGGAGGACCCCUAUUCAGCAGGAGCCCCUUCCAGGGCGAUGGCGACGACGGCGAGCAAGAAGGCGAGCUGGCACCUCUCCCGGGACGAACCGCACAGCAAGGAUUCCCCAACAACUACGCGCUGGGUCGCCGGACCUCUGUGUCGGCCGAAUCUCUAAAUCCCACCGAAGCGGGCUCGGACAGCUGGACGCCUCCCCGCCACCCCAAGACGGAGGAGCAGAUCUCCCGGCUUAAAGCCGCUGUUAGCAGUAACUUCCUCUUCUCCCACCUUGAUGACGAUCAAUUCACGACAGUCCUGGAUGCACUUGUUGAGAAGCCUAUUCCAGCCAAGGAUAUCAAGGUCAUCUCCCAAGGCGACGCUGGAGAUUACUUCUACAUUGUGGAGAAGGGUAACUUUGAUAUUUACAUCCACCCCUCCGGUGCAGUGCAGCCUGGUCCCGACGGUUUGGGUAACAAGGUCGCGUCGACUGGACCUGGAGGCUCCUUCGGUGAGCUUGCCUUGAUGUACAACGCCCCUCGUGCAGCGACAGUCAUCUCCACAGACCCAAAGAGUACGUUGUGGGCUCUGGACCGUAUUACCUUCCGCCGGAUUCUCAUGGACUCGGCAUUCCAGCGCCGUCGCAUGUACGAGGCUUUCCUGGAGGAGGUCCCACUCCUCUCUUCUCUCAAGUCCUACGAGCGCUCCAAGAUUGCCGAUGCCCUGGACACAAUCAAGUACCCAGCAAACUCAGUCAUCAUCCACGAAGGCGAUCCCGGCGACGCAUUCUACCUGCUGGAGUCCGGUGAGGCCGAAGCCACCAAGAAUGGAGUCUCUGGACCAGUGAAGAACUACAGCCGUGGUGACUACUUCGGUGAACUUGCCCUCCUGGACGACAAGCCCCGUGCGGCAAGCAUCACCACCAAGACGGAGGUCAAGGUUGCGCGAUUGGGUCGCGAUGGAUUUAAGAGGCUUCUCGGACCGGUGGAGGAGAUUAUGAGACGGGCCGAGUAUGAACUGGACGCUGCCAAGUCUCCUGUUUCCAAAUGA